AUGAGCGAACAAUGUGUUCUAAUACCGGGAGAAUUUGGCGUGUUCGUGCAGGUCUUCAUCGGGUGUGUGUCCGUAAGCAUAUUAAUAACCAAGUUCCUCUUCGAGAAACCAAGAAGAACCUUCAUCAAAUUUUUGACGGACGUAAUUGUUAUCAUAUGUGGAUCAGUAACAUUACACAUAACAAACAUAUUUUCAUGCAUGUUCAUAUUCCGAUACCACUUGCUGUCCUAUCUGUACAAAAUUGAAAUGGAUGAGUGCUCCAUUUAUUUUAUUCAGAUCAUACUUGAUGCUUCAUUGGGUCUAUAUGUAGAAUAUAAAUUAUUCGCAUUUUUUAAGUUACUAAAAUUUAAAAAAGAGUACCUGCACAACAACUCUAUGUCCUCUAUAUACAAGCCGACUGAUGCUCUCUCUCAUUAUUCUUCCUUUGUCAAUUUUGCCAAUAGUAAUGACGAACACAAAGGGAAAAAUGACAAAACUGAGGACACUUCAAGAACAACAAAAAAAGGGCACACUGGUCCGAGUUCCACCACAUCAAAUGUGAAGAGUGCAAUGCCCAAAAAGGACAAUGUUCAUACAUUGAGCUCAAAUGAAACCACUGGCAUAUCUUGCCCCAAUGAAACUCCAAAAAAUGGUUCAAACAAUUUGGAUAUGACCAAAGAUAGUAACACGGGCACCACGGAAAAUGCCCUACACAAUGUGGACGGGGGUAAAAAUGUGGAAAAGCAUCUCGCGCCCAAGGCAGGCGCUACAACCGGGGAAGUGAAGAUCCAGGGGACUAACAAGACGAAGGGAAAAAAUGAAAUAGGCUCAAUGAACGAGACCACCCCUAAAAAAGCACACACGGAGGAAGCAAACAAACACGAAAAGCGAGGAGAACAUGCCAACCUGAACCCUGUAACAGACGUACAGAAAGAACAAAGCACUUAUGACGACUGCAGCCAAUACAAACAGUAUAAAAAAUACUACAAUAAUAAUUGCGAAGACUACAAAAAUGAGCUAAAAUUACUCACGAAAGAAACUCCUAAUGAUGACGUCUGCAUUCAGUUAAAUGAAGGAAGUGAUCACGAUAAAGAAAAUAAACCUACAUACGACAAGGAACAUUCAGAAAUUUACAAAAAAAUCGACGACAAUUAUAUGGAUAUGGAUUUGUUUCAAAAUAUUUUCAUCUGGGUCUCUGUAGUCCUAACAGCUAAGUUUAUAUCUUUGCUCUUUUUUUUCUUCCUGUCUCCAAUGUUUAACGUUUUAGUCGUGGGAACCAUAGCCCACAUCAGCAAUAUGAGAUACAGGCUACUCGUAGUGAUGAUCAUCGUACCCUUCUUUUUCAACUUUAUAAUGUACUUCUACAUGGAUAGCAUAGUCAAGACGAAGUACACGUCCACGAGUGCAAGCACCGAUAAAAUUUAG